CUCUACAACUUUUAUCUCUCUACAGCGUCAUCAUCCAUUACCUACCUAACCCAUACCCUUUUAUCCUACCCUUUCGGUUAUUAACUGAGAAUGUAGAGACAUUGGCUUAGCCUCUGGCUUAGUUGCUGCUUUACAUCCUGAUCCCGACGCCUUAAUUCCGAUAUCAUUCAACAUGGCAUCUAUCACCAGUCCACAUUCAUCGGCGUCCAUCUCUCGCCCUACAUCUCAACAUGACGUCUCUAGCCCUGUCAGUUCGAUACCUGUCGAAAUCCUCGUACAGCAUCUACUUGAUGCCAAGCGCUCGCUUAAUUCUAUGGGCCUUGUCGUCCGCGCUGAUGGACUCGUUCAUUUGGCGAAAGAAGCCCAUGAAGAAUCCGUAGUUCUCGCCGCGCAGUCGGGUUUCAUCCGCCAAGGUAUAAACGAACAAAUCCGACUGCUACAACAUCUACGACGGAGCAUGAAUCGAACUUAUGACAAUGGGAAACGCGAGUUCAAGCAGGUCAUCAAAACCUUAGAUGCUGCUCACGGUCGGCUCGAGGAUACUAUGAAAAUAUUACGGGAUAGGGUCGUAGACAGCACAUUUAGACCCCCCGGUGAAGGCAAAAAGAAUCUGUUGGAUUUCAUAGAUGAGUCCCAGGUUGAAAGGAUAAGCGAUGCUCUAAAAGAAAACAUCCAGUCCUUGCAGACCAUCCAGAAGUCCUUCGACGGUGAUUUACUCCGCUUCGAUACUGACAUGCGCUUACUUAGUAAGACCUUAGCCGGCGCUCCAUCUCCUCCAUCCCCGUCCGCUUCGUCUUCAGAGCGUUCGUUACCUCAACUCUUCUCCUCCAUGAUUGAUAACUCCCACGCCAUGGCCGAGCUCCUCUCGUCACUGACGAAGCACUUCGACCUAUGUGUAACUGCUGUUAGGACAACGGAAGGCGGAGCAGCCUUAGCUAGAAUCAAAGCUGCCGAAGCGAUAGACUCCCAAAGCGGUGUGACCGUAUCGAUAUCUGGUGUAAUCGCAGAGCAAGAGUCGCAUAUGCCUGAGGACGAGCCAAUUUCCCCCGAGGAUCGUGCUCAGAUGCUCGAAGUAGUCAUGCAAGAUGCAUCAGAGGUCGACGAUGUAGUUCGGGAACUUAAUAUACGUUUACAAACCAUUGAAUCUGAUUUCGCAACCAUUGACGACCAAAGAAAUCGAGUUAAGUCAGCCUACUGCUCAACUAUCGACGCGUUUAGAGUCUUGGAGGAUAUUGGAGCACGACUUUCCAGUUAUAUUCUGGCCGAGGCGGAAUUUCGCGACAGGUGGAACGAGGAACAACUGGCGAUACAAGACAAGUUGCAGGAGAUGGACGGGUUGAGAAUUUUCUACGAGAGUUAUUCUAACUCAUACGAUGGGCUAGUCCUAGAAGUCGAGAGGCGAAGAGCGUUGCAGGAGAAAGUAGCAGGCAUAUGGAAAAAGGCGAAGGAAAGUGUUGACAAGCUUUACGAAAAUGAUCGCAGGGAGCGAGAGUUAUUCCGACACGAAGUCGCCGAAUAUCUUCCCCACGACCUCUGGCCAGGUAUGGAUGACGAUGUGGUCAGAUGGGAGAUCAUGCCCGUCCGCGAUGGCAGAUCUACUAGGCAAGAUGGGAUUGCAAAUCUACCGAAUCUUGAGGGGAGCGUCGUUGAAGCUAGAGAGACAAGAUAUGGACCAACAUCAGACCUAUAAUAUUUGGGUGUAAGACGGGCGAGUCAGGUAUUCUGGGUGUUUAAAUAGGUUAUUGGCUAGGGUUUAGAUUCAUGUGGUAGGAUCACAAGUCCUGUACUUGGAUGGCAUGGAUGGCGUUCGGCGCAAUUUUAUCUCCUUUUAAAGAUCAUCAAGUUGUAGUAGGGAUAGUAGAUUAGGUAGGAGGUAGCCAAAGUCAGCAAUAAAUAUUGAAUUUAUAA